GGCAGUCGGCAUGGAGCUCGGGGAGGCGAGGCAGAGCCAGGCGCACUGCGAUCCCGCGUUCACGGCAGCGCAGCUCGUUUCCGUCCGCCGCUCCUUCCUGCGAGUUUCCUGUUCCUAGACGCCUCUACUCCACCUACCCACCGGCAACCACCGCAGGUCCCUCUCUCUUUGGAUUUUUUUCAGACUGUACAGAUGUUGAGCUUGCCCGCCGAGCUCGGCAGCAACAACUUAGAAUUGGCGGAGCUGGCGGAGCCGGAAGAGCGGGCGGCAUCAGUGGCCCGAGGAGACUCCGUAGCCCACCCAGAGUCAUCUCCCGAGGGCUCCGAACCUCCCUCGAAGCAAGAGAUGGAGCAAACACCGCAACCGGGGACCUCGAUGCCGGCAGAGUGCAAAGUCCUGCUCGCACAGGCGGACGCCUUGGCAUCCGGAGGGCGCCUUCGGGAAGCCCUCGAGGUAUACAGGCAGCUCUCGGGGAGGCAGCAGCUAGUGGCCGAGCAGCUGGAGAAGUUUGUGCGCUGCCUGGCUAAGAGCGUCCCGCAAAAGGAGCUCAUGGUGCCGGCUCCCUCGUACCAGAGCGGCAGCUCGAGCUGCUGCGUGGCGGCCGUGAAAAAGGCAAGGGAGGCUGCAGCCAUGGUCCCCGAGGUAUGGGAUGGCUUUAAGUGCCAAAAGUGUCACGGAUUUCUCUCGGAUCCCGUGUCCUUGUGGUGCGGCCACACCUUUUGUAAACUGUGCUUGGAACGUGGGCGGGCCGCGGAUCGGCGGUGCGCGCUCUGCGGGGUCAAGCUCUCGGCUAUUAUGGGAGGUGGGAGAGCUCUCGGGUUGCGGUGGGCUGGGCCGCAGGCCCCCCUGCAACUGCGAGUCAACGUGGUACUCAGCGGCGUUCUGGGCAAGUUGUUCCCCGGCCCGGCACGAGCGUCGCAACUCCGGCACGAGGGAAACCGGCUGUACCGCGAGCACCAGGUGGAGGCGGCUCUGCUCAAAUACAACGAAGCAGUUCGGCUGGCUCCAAAUGAUCAUUUGCUUUAUAGCAAUCGGUCUCAAAUUUAUUUCACCUUGGAGUCUCACGAGGAUGCACUGCAUGAUGCAGAAAUAGCAUGUAAACUUCGGCCAAUGGGUUUUAAGGCACACCUCAGAAAAGCACAAGCUUUAGCCACCCUAGGCAAGGUGGAGGAAGCACUCAGAGAAUUUCUCUACUGUGUAUCCCUUGAUGGAAAGAACAAGAAAGCCAGAAUUGAAGCUCAGAGGCUUCUCUUUAGUCUCUUUUCACCAUCAGUCCCGGGGGAGUCUCAGGAACAUUCUCCCGAUAUCCUGAAGCUGUUGGCACCUCACCCUAGAUUAAAGGAACACGUAGAGUCAAUGGCUACUGAAGGCACCAGCCAUAAUCUACCAAAGUUGUCACAGGAAAGCCCAGAGCUUCCACACUGUUCAAGUCAGGAGGAAGCAACAGCUCAGGGAGAAAGCAGCAGCCUGAAGAACUCAGCUCAAGUAAAGGUGGGGAGUCAAGAGGACAAAGGAAAAGAUCAGGAAGAAGAGAAGCGCAAUGCUGCCUCCAUCAGGACCGGCAAAUGCCAGGAAAAGAAAAGGAACCAUUGCCAAGUUGAUGAAGACCAAGAAGACCCGGAUGUGCCUAAUAAAGUCCCCAAACAAGAUCACCCUGCUGAUGAGGGGGCCAAACCUGAUCUCAGUAUUCGGCUUACAUCCCUUGAUGUGACUGACCUUGAAUGCGCACUGUGUAUGAGAUUAUUCUAUGAGCCAGUCACAACAUCUUGUGGGCAUACCUUUUGCAUGAAGUGUCUUGAGAGAUGCCUGGAUCAUAACGCGAAGUGUCCACUGUGCAAAGAUUCUCUUUUCCAGGGCUUUCAAUCAAGAAAGUAUAGCAAGAACAUAAUAAUGGAAGAACUAAUUGCUAAAUUCCUGCCAGAAGAACUCAGGGAACGGAAACGCCUUCAUGAGGAGGAAAUGGAAGAACUUUCUAACUUAACUAAGAAUGUGCCUAUUUUCAUUUGCACCAUGGCCUAUCCCACGGUCCCUUGUCCCCUGCAUAUCUUUGAGCCUUGUUAUCGCCUGAUGAUUCGGAGAUGUAUUGAGACAGGCACGAAGCAGUUUGGCAUGUGCCUUGGAGAUCCUGUCAGAGGCUUUGCCGAAUACGGCUGCAUGCUAGAAAUCAGAAACGUCCAAUUCUUCGCUGACGGCCGAUCGGUGGUUGACAGCAUCGGCAAGAGGCGCUUCAGGGUGCUCAGUCAGGGCCAGCGGGACGGCUACAGCACCGCGGAUAUCGAAUACAUUGAAGAUCAGAAGGUUGAGGGAGAAGACCGUGCCGAACUCAUGGGGCUGCAUAACUGUGUGUAUGAGCAAGCCUCCUCCUGGUUUCAUUCACUCAAAACAUCGCUCAAGAAUCGGAUACUAAAUCACUUUGGUCCGAUGCCAGAGAAAGAUGAAGACCCCCAGGUUAAUCCGAACGGUCCAGCCUGGUGCUGGUGGACACUGGCGGUUCUUCCCCUGGAAACCAGAGCUCAGCUCCCCUUCCUAGCAAUGAAGUCCCUAAAGGAUAGACUGAAUGGUAUUCGGCGAAUCCUGGCCUUUAUAGCCAGAAACCAAAAUUAGGGGGAGCAGACUGGAAAGGAGGCAUUUCCACCCUCUCCACUGCCCUGGGGUGAUGUUCUUGUGUCAGAUAUCUAGUUGUAAUAACACGCUAACAGAAGAAAGUAUUUUUGAGAGAUGUUGCUCUGUGUUUUGACCACACAGAAGUUGAGUAGGAAGACAGAAAGGAUGUGACCUGUUUGACUUUCUGUCUUCAGAUGCUUUUUGACACUAACAGCCAGAGGUGUGGAAGAGGCCAGUAAAAGUCGCUGUUUAGUGUCAGUUUUUCUAAAAGUUUGUCUGUCGUAGCUGAGUGACUGUGUGUUUGGAAUGGGAAGCGGAUGCAGGCGUCACUGUAUUCUUUCACUGACUUGAGGUCUCAUUUCAAAUGGUUCAGGUUUUAUAGAGCAUUGUGUAAAAUAAUGUUCAUACUUCUUUCUGUUUUAAUAAUUUAUUUUUUGCACUACUGUAUCCUUUUUCUACAUGUACGUUUGUAACUAUUUAAGUUUACGUUACUGAGAAGUCCAUUGCUUUAUUUAUUGAAGUGGUUGACUGUAUGUAGGGGAUUAACAGUACUAAACAUGUGUGAGGUUCUUUCUUUACGUUUUGCUGAAGUAAUCGUAGUUCUUAGAGGAUUUUUAUAUAGUUCUUGUCUAUUCUAGUGGACUAAGUUUCAAAGAAUUUCAGAAGGAUUCUGAGGUGGUUUAUCUUCACAGAUUCCACUCUUUCAGUUUGAGUUAAGUGAUAGAAAAUACUUGAUUUGGCAUAAGUUGUGGCGUGUGUAAGAGUGAAGUAAACGUGGACAUUUUGUGGGUGUCAUGCAGAACAAGGCUGAAAGGAUUAUUCAAAACAGAGAGAUAAAUUAGGAGUGUCUUUUAUUACAACCUUUUAGAGGUAUUUGUUUCAGGCAAUCUGAUGACAAGUGUGUUAAUUUCUCCCCAGUUCGGUUAAGGAUAAGAUUGAUAUUUACCGGGUGUUUCAGAGCGAAUGGCCUCAAGACCCGUACCCGCACCUGCUGGAAUACUCGAGGGGCUAUUCCAUCUUCAAAUUGUAAAGAUAUCAGAUAGGUUUGAGCCCACUUUUAAAUCUCUAUAAAAGAACCAGAGAAUGAAUCUACGAUUUUAUGUAAACACUGCCUUCCCUCUUGGAAACAAUGGACCAAAGAUUUCAGUGGGAAAAAAGAUUUUCAUGGGGAGAAAAGGGGGAAAGGGUGGGAUAGCAUUGUUUAGUUUGCUUACUGCUAGUUUGAGUCCUUUAGUGUUAGAGAAAGCUGAAAAACAGUGUGUACGUGUUUUAAAAGCAGAGAAGAAAAUUAGAGCCAGGCAAAGGAAAUUGUCACAUUUCUUUCUUGGGCAAACUACUCCCAGGUGAUUUUUGGACAGCUAUGGUGUGUUAUUCACGUGUAGCCCCUCCAUUCUGUUAGCAGGACUCACAGAGAGAGAGAGAUUCAAGAAUCAGUCUGGGUUCCUCUGUAACCACCGGUGGGGUUUGAGUGUGAGACAGAGGUGGUCUCCAGAUGCUGUCAAAGAGACUCCUGUAAGCAGAAGGCACAUGAGUCAUUAUCUGCACUUGCUUACCUAGGCUGUACUGUCAGAGCGUCAUCAGCUCAGCUUUGAUGUUUGGAAUGAUCUGGGCGAGCGGAGAAUUCAAGUGUGUGGAAUGGAAAUGUAGGAGCGGACACCAUCUGAGUUAAGUCUAGAGGGUUUCGAAAGCGGGAAAUGAAGACGCUUUCCCCUCCCGCCUGACACCCAACUAUAUGGCCAUGGCGAGGUCCUAGUAUGAUUGUUUCCUAUCCUGCAGUGCAAACACAGCAGAGAAAAAGAUGAAAAGCCUCUCCACGUACUACACGUGGUACUUUGGCAUUGAUUUAACUGGCACUGAGCCCCAGUUUCCUCACAUGAAAUGGUACUGGCGCUCACUUCAGCCGCACAGAUACUAAAAUUGGAACGGCAAAGAGAAGAUGAUCACAGCCCCAUUGUAAGGAUAGCAUGCAGAUUUGGAUAGUAUUCUGUAUUUUGUAUUAAACGAUGGAACGGUGGUGAUGUUAAUAGCAAUUAGGUUUCUUAGGAACAUUAAAUUAGACAUGUCAGAAAUUACUUAGCACAGUGCCUUGAUGAUGAGAGAGACAAACUGUCACCAGCCAUGUCGGACGCUGUCAUCAGUAGUCUACAGUUAUGUGAAGCCCCGCCUUUACUGGCUGUACUCAUUUACAGCCACGUUAACCUCGGUGGGGAAAGUUCAAACCACUGAUUCUUGGACCACAGCUUGAUGGUUUGCAAGUAACUCCUACUGGGGGUGAAACUAGGAAAGCCAGGCUGGGGAUGUGGCUCAGUUGCUUGUGUUUGCCUUACCGGCAUGGGUCACUGGGUUCUAGCUCCAGUACUGUAGAAAUAGAAGAAACGUAGAUAAAACGAAAGGACUGGAGAACAAACGAGUAUUAGCGGUAGGGACUAAUUUCGAUGUCAAGAAAAUAGCUCCCAUCUUAAUAAGGCCGAAAAAGCAAUCCUGUAUUUGGGGAAUCUAAAAUUUCUGAUAGAAUGGAAGACUUAAGUUUUAGCUCUAUGAGCAUGACCACACCUUCCCCAUUCUUCAAAAUGUGUUGAGAAUUUCAGCUAUAAAUAAUUAGAUUUCACCAUCUAUAGGUUUUGCACAUAGCUAAUGGUAUUUCAUUAUGCUCUCCCAAAUAACAGGCUCUACAAUAGUAUGUUGAGAACCUACCAUGUACCAGGUACGAAAGUGAGUGAUCUCAUUCACCUGAAUACAUGGAAUAACCUUUAGACAGCGUUGUUAAGCAACAUAUAUGGAGAAGGAAACAGGCUCAGCAAUUUUAAAGAAUAUGCCUAUGUAGCAUGUUCAUUCAAUGAGUGGCCAAGCUUGAUUCUUUGCCUAUCACAUGGCAGAUCUUUCAAUGUUUUGAACAGUUUGUUACACGUUUUAUUCAGUAGACAUGGCAGCCAAAUCAUAAACCACCUUACGAGCUCGAAGUGAGAAGUGCCCAACACAUCUCUUGUUAGUCUAAGGGAAAGAGGAAGUUUGGCUCCUUAAUGGAAGUUAAGUUGAGGUACUCAUUGGUAAGAGGAUACCUAAUUUGAGCACAUGGAAAUCUUGGCUGGGCUGCAUAGCAUGUUCCUCUGAGCAGCCUGAAUCCAUGUUGGGUUUGUUCUCCAGUCAGCUUUUGUUUCAGUGAUGGCGGGAAGCAGCAGAGUAAGGCUUUAACUUUCUUGGCGAUGUGCACGAGAGGGACAAUCAGUUGAACUUGACCAUCUUUAGCGCUUGCAGACUGGUUCUGCUUCUAAGUCUCGGCUGGAAGGACAAGAUUCCCCCCCUUGUAGACAGUGCCACUUUCUUGGGUUAGUCCUCCUUUCUAGCAUGGCUGACCCAGUUUUUUCCCUAUAGACUAUCUACUUUGUGUGUAUGUAUAUGUGUAUAUCUGUGUGUGUGUGUUUGUGUGUGCGUAUACACACACAUACACUAGGUAGCAAGCAGACCUUAUGCCUUUCUGCUUUGUACCGUACCACUGCUGCUAGCUAUAAACCAGCAAAAUGUAGAAAGUGAAAAAUGAACAAACUACUUUUCCGUAGAUAAUUUGAAGAACAUGGUGUUUGCUCCUCACUUUUGGGGACAUAGCACUAUUCCAAAAGCUUGCCUUCCUGAAGGUCAGCUGCUUCAAGUACAAUGCUGCCUCAAUAGCAGAGUUGAGUUAUGGCACUUGUGGCACUGCCGUCUCUGCCUGUGGAGCUGACCCGGGUUCAGAGAUUCCCCUGUGACUAGCCACAAAAGCCUCAGAACUCCCAUGCCUGGGUCAGUGCACCCAGAGUUCUCUUACAGCCAACAGGUCAUGUCCUGUUGAUGGACUGCAACCCUCCGGGGCCUGCAUUUCCUGUGCCAACUCCAUUUCCGCCUUGUGAAUUUUAACCGUCGAUUCAUUCCUUGGGUUGCAAGCUUGUUGACUGUGUGUCCAUUUCUACUCAUCCAAGUAGACGUGAGCAGGCGGGAAGCCCACUCUAGGGCCUAAGGAGUGAGAUUUUGAUUCUGGAUGGAAGACAGCUCUGAAAAGCAGCCAGGCUUUGCUUUCUGGCAUUUCUCGUGUACAGAGAGCAGGAAGGGAAAGGAGCCAUGCACAGUGUACACAUCCAGUUCCUUUUAGAAUGGUAGAUGCCACCCACUCCACUGCUUAGCUACUCGAUGCUCUGAACUUUACCCAUCCACAGGUGAAACAAAGAACUUUUCACUUAGAAGUGGUUGUGCCCAAGCAUGUUAAGUUAACCUCCGGAGAGAAGUGCCUGGAACCGCUGUUCCUGGUGUCUCUUUCAAGCUUUGGCUUCACGACCUUGUAGCAUUUAAAAACUGUUUGCAGCCACAAAUGUGAUUAACAGAAGUUUACACUGCAACACUGUACCUUGUGCAUUAUCUGAAAAGUCCGCUGACAUUCGUCCGUUGUUCAAGUGACGAAGACAACCCGGGAGAUACAAAGAAGAGCCAAUAGCUCAGCGUGCCACCAUCGGCCGAUGUAAGAUAAACGAGUCUCAUUAUUGUAUGCAGUUCUCUGUGAUGCCGGGAUUAAAACAUCAGGCCGUUUAAACAGUGGCAAGUGUGUGUGUGUGUGUGGGUGUGUUUGGUUUCCACUUGUUUGUUAAGCAACCAGUUGACUUUUGCACAGAGUUGAAGGGAAAUUAAGAUAACGCUUUCUCCCCACCAACGCGCUAUUCAACUACCUCUAUAUGCCUGGUUUCCUUUUAGGUGUUCCCUUCCUCUAAACCCGCACAUAGUUUCAGCUCAUCGAUGUUGUAAUCGCAAUGUGAUGUAGCCAGUUGUGUGAAAAUUGUUCAAUAAACAAAA